UUUGUUUACUUGUCAACCAAUAGUAGAGACAAAUUCGAGACAUCCUCUUCUUCUUCUUCCUUUUUCUUCACUCUUCUUUUUUUCUUUAGUUUUCUUUGGAUAGUAAUUAUGGAAGUGACUGGAAUUGGUAGCUUGGUUGGUGGGGAAGAAUGAAUGCUGUGAAAGAGAUGCAGACCCAACUCGGUCCUGGAGAGAGAAACACACACUCAUCUCUCUCUCUCUCUCUCUCUCUCUCUCUCUCUCUCUCUCCUCCCUCAUUAUCAUUGUUCAGACAUUACAAACUACACAGAGGUUAGAGAGAGAAAGAAAGGGGAGAGAGAGAGGGCAUGCACGUGGUUCAGCAUCAGUUUAAGUGGAGGCAAAAAAACUGCUGAAUUUCCAGACUAUUAUAAGCAGUUACAUUAAAUUUUGACUCCCACUCUCUCACCUGCUUCCUUUCCAACCAAGCCAAACCCUCCACAGCUCACACAUACACACACCAUUUUGCUCCAUUUUCUUUUCCCUUUCACAGUUAACCCCGUAACUCCCUACCUCCCAUUACUUUUCUCUGUUUCUCCUCCAUUGUUUCAAGCCAAAAAACUAAAAUUUUGGUGCUUUGGUUCGUUCCAGAAGCCAAAACGCUUCAUAAAUCUUGGAUCUUUGGUUGUUCCUGAAUCCUGAGCAUCCACUGAGACAAACCCAGAAGCCAAAAUUUCAUCUUUUUGUGCAAAUGUGGUGGAAUUCUCAGAGAUUUCUGCAAUUCCAGCAAAACCCAGAAGUGAAAUUUUUUUCUUCUUUACCAUGAUCGUGAUGGGGCGUUUCGGAUACUCGAAAGAAAGUGCAACAAUGGAGGCAAAGUAGCAGUCAGAUCUUAUCUGCUUCAGAUCCAAUUACCAUAAUGCCAAACGGGUAGACCCCUUCUUUUACCGCACACAUUUACUGUAUAGAUUUGUAAGUAGCAUGAGAAAGAUUCAUACUUUUCGCCUUUCUCAUGCCCUUUUGUGCUUUGUUGUUGCUUUAUUUUUGGCAAUAAUUGAUGUUACUUCAGUAACUGAGAAGGAGAUUUUACUUCAAUUCAAAGGGAAUGUAACAAAUGAUCCGUACAAUCGUUUAGGCUCAUGGGUUUUUACUGGGAAUCCUUGCAAAGAUUAUGGUGGUGUGUUCUGUAACUCUGCUGGGUUUGUAGAUAAGAUAGUUUUGUUGAACACUAGCAUUGGUGGAGUGUUGUCUCCGGCUUUGUCCGGGUUGAAAUACCUGAGGGUUUUGACAUUGUUUGGGAACAGAUUUUCGGGAAGUAUACCGAAUGAGUAUGCCGAGAUUCGAACACUGUAUAAGAUCAAUUUUAGUUCAAAUGCGUUAUCUGGGUCGAUUCCAGAGUUUAUAGGUGACUUGCCUAGCAUUAGGCUUCUUGACUUGUCAAGGAAUGGUUUUACUGGGGAGAUUCCAUCGGCUUUGUUUAAGUACUGUUACAAAACCAAGUUCGUUUCUUUGUCUCAUAACGCUCUUUUGGGUUCAAUGCCGGAAUCGUUGGCGAAUUGCUCGAAUCUUGAAGGGUUUGAUUUCUCUUUCAACAAUCUCAGCGGUGGCAUACCUUCGCGAAUUUGCAAUAUUCCCAGGUUAAAUUAUUUGUCACUAAGAAGCAAUGCGAUGUCAGGGAGCGUUGUGCAGCAGCUUUCAGCUUGCCACAGCUUGAAACUACUGGAUCUCAGUAGCAAUUUGUUUACUGGUUCGGCACCAUUUGGGGUUCUUGGAUUGAGCAAUCUUACUUAUUUCAAUGUAUCGCAUAAUGAGUUUAACGGGAAGGUUCCUGAUAUUACAACUUGUAGUGAGAGAAUGGAGUCUUUUGAUGCUUCAUGGAAUGUGUUGGACGGAGAGGUUCCUCCAAGUAUUACAAACUGUAGAAGUCUCAAGGUUUUGGAGUUGGGGUACAAUGAGCUGGAUGGGAGCAUCCCAGAUGUGCUCGGGAAUCUGGUUAGGCUUGUCGUGAUCCAAUUGUGUAAUAAUUCAAUAAGCGGAACUAUUCCAGAAAAGCUUGCAAGCAUUCAGCUGCUUCAGGUCUUGGAUUUGCACAAUCUCAACCUUGUUGGUGAAAUACCCCAUGAUAUAAGCAAUUGCAUGUUUCUGCGUGAGCUGGAUGUUUCUGGUAACUCGUUGGAGGGAGAAAUUCCUCAAGGUCUUUACAACAUGACUAACCUUGAAAUCCUUGACCUCCAUAAAAACCAGCUCAAUGGAAGCAUCCCACCAGAUGUAGGAAAUCUGUCCAGCUUACAAUAUCUGGAUCUUUCACAAAAUUCACUUUUGGGGUCAAUUCCUUCUUCCCUUGGAAACCUAGCAAAGUUGACUUAUUUUAAUCUCUCCUCCAAUAAACUCUCAGGCACCAUUCCUGCAGCUAUUCAAGGUUACGGCUCCUAUGCAUUUAUAAAUAACCCCUUCCUCUGUGGUGCUCCAUUGGACACGCCUUGCUCAGCAACUGGUAAUGGUACUAUCACUCCCACUUUGAGAAAACCCAAGGCUCUUCGUGUGCCUGCCAUCUUUGCAAUUGUUGCCGCUGCAGUGAUUCUUAGUGGAGUAUGUUUGGUAUGCAUUAUGAACGUCAAAGCCCACAGAAAGAAGCAAGCCGAUGUGACAUUGGUUGUCGAGAGCACACCACUUGGCUCCACUGAUUCAAAUGUUAUAAUCGGGAAGCUGGUUCUCUUCAGCCAAAGUUUGCCCUCAAGGUAUGAAGACUGGGAGUCCGGCACAAAAGCUUUGCUUGACAAAGAAUGUAUAAUAGGUGGUGGAUCAAUUGGUACAGUCUACAGAACAAAUUUUGAAGGUGGCAUCUCAAUUGCAGUAAAGAAGCUCGAGACUCUGGGAAGUAUCAGAAAUCAAGAUGAAUUUGAGCAAGAAAUUGGACGACUGGGCAACCUUCAGCAUCCCAAUUUAGUAGCAUUUCAAGGUUACUAUUGGUCGUCGACAAUGCAGUUGAUGCUAUCAGAAUUUGUCCCGUAUGGGAAUUUGUAUGACAAUCUACACGGUCUUCAUUAUCCGGGACCAAGCACUAGCAGAGGCAAUAGUGAACUGUAUUGGUGUAGGCGAUUUAAGAUUGCUUUGGGAACGGCUAAGGCGCUUGCCUACCUUCACCAUGACUGUAGACCUCCUAUUCUCCAUCUCAACAUUAAAUCCACCAACAUACUACUAGAUGAGAAAUAUGAGCCAAAGUUGUCUGAUUAUGGGUUAGGUAAAUUGCUUCCCAUGUUGGAUAACUACGGUUUAACCAAAUUCCACAAUGUUGUUGGGUAUGUUGCACCAGAGCUGGCUCAGAGUCUGAGACUAAGUGAGAAAUGUGAUGUCUAUAGCUUUGGAGUGGUUCUUUUGGAACUGGUCACAGGGAGGAAACCGGUAGAGAGUCCAACUGCAAAUGAGGUGGUGGUUUUGUGUGAAUAUGUUAGGGGAUUAUUGGAGACUGGCUUUGCAUCAGAUUGCUUUGACAGAAGCUUAAGGGAUUUUGUAGAGAAUGAACUGAUCCAGAUGAUGAAAUUAGGGUUGAUUUGUACAUCCGAGCUCCCUUCGAAAAGACCAAGCAUGGCUGAGGUUAUACAGGUUCUUGAAUCCAUCAGAAACGGAUUGGAGGCUUAGCUUGUCAAAGUAAAUCGAUAAAUUAUGCUCUUGCCUCAGCAUCGGAUCAAUGAUGCAUCUUCGCCGGAGCAGAGGUCAGAAAGAUAGUUACCUGAAAUGGUUGGAUUAGUUGGGGAGAGUAGGAGGGUUUUUGAAUAUAGGAAAAAUAGAUACAAUUCAUUGUAUUCAUUUGGGGUUUACCAAAAUCAAUUGUUUUCAUACAUUUUUCAAUCCUGCAAAUAAGAACAUUCAUUUAUUGUAUGUCAUUGAGGGAUAAAUUAAUACUUAAUAAGAAAUGUAGUAACAUUUUGUUCUGGUU